UUGAUGGAAACACCCUUCAAGUCUUAUAUCUGUUUUAAUUUACAAACUAUGGCAGCCGACUCUCGCGUGGAAUGAUUUACUGAACGCCUUUUCGCCGUGUGUCGUGAGUACGGUUAUGGAUUAGUAAUGUCUGGAAGUCAUAAAACAUUGCAUUUGCUAUUUAGAGUCUCAUUGCUCCUACGGAGAGGGAUUCAGCAGAACGCAUUUACACACCCGACUAUGGAGAAGCCUUACAUUUUAGCCACUGCACUGGGCGCACCAGGCGGUAUCUACCGAGUUUUCGCCCCUGUCAUUGAGAAGCACUUCACCAUUGUCCCUAGUGAAGAAUUCGUGCAAAACAGAGAGCGAUUCGCAGACAAGAUCCGUGCUGUAUUCGUGUGGGGUGGCGCGCUCAAGGCUGACCGGAGUCUGCUGCAGCUCCUGCCCAACCUAAAGGUAGUCGUCAACGGAGGGGUGGGAGUGGACCACCUGGAUAUACCCAUGAUCAACAGCUUUGGCGUAAAAGUGUGCAACACCCCACACGUUGUUGACAACGCUACUGCUGACAUUGGCAUGGCUCUGUUGUUGGCUUCUGCACGGAAACUCCUUUAUGGACACAACUUCUCCCUCACUCAUGAAGGUCAAGAUUUGCCUGAGAGUUCCAUGGGCACUGAUGUCAGUGGUGCAACUCUAGGCAUCAUUGGGAUGGGAAGGAUAGGGUACAAGGUUGCCAAACGUGCCCAGGGUUUUGAGAUGAAGAUUCUGUAUCAUAAUCGAAACCGUAGGAAAGCAGAAGAGGAGAGAGCAGUGGGGGCCCAGUACUGUGAGACGAUGGACGAGUUGCUGCGGGAGUCAGACUUCGUCAUGGUGGUGGUGAACCUGUCCCCUCAAACGCACAAGCUGAUAAGUGCCAAGGAGCUGGCAAUGAUGAAGCCAACAGGCACACUCAUAAACAUCAGCAGAGGCCUGGUAGUUGACCAAGAUGCCCUGGUUGAUGCCCUCCAGAGGGGAGUGAUUCAAGCUGCAGCACUAGAUGUGACAUACCCAGAACCACUGCCCAGGGGCCACCCCCUGCUUGAACUCUCCAAUGUCAUCGUUCUACCCCACAUGGGCACUCACACAGUGGAGACAUCACAGGUGAUGGUGGAGAGGAUGGUGACCAAUGCCCUGGCAGUGCUUAACGGGACCCAGCCUCCAGAUGAGGUGAAGGUGUAGGACAAAGUUCAACAAAUAUGGCUCUGGAGCCAAAGUCCAGCAGGUUUUGUGUCUGACUGUACUAACAGGUGAUUUUUUUUGCACAAUGGCUUGCUGAAUGGUGGGGUGAAACAUCACAGCCACUGUGUGUUUAUGAACAUUAAAGGGAGCCUGAACA